CUGUGGCGGCCAUGGCGGACGCGGUGGCGGCUCCGCAGUUCCAGCUGCCUCUCUCCCCCGCCGACCUGCUGCGGGACGAUGGCCGCGGGGACUACGUGGUGCAGGAGGUGCUGCCCACCCGAGAACUGCCGCCCGCCCUCGCAGCCUUCCGGGCCGCCUUCCGUACGCGGGGCGCGCUGGCCGUGCUGCAGCACUUCGACUCGGUGUACAGCGUGCUCCACCACUUCCGAACCGUGGGCACCGCUGUCAAGGAGGACGCCCUGGAGCUGAUGGUGAACGUGGUGUCCCAUCAUUCCAAUGAACUUCCUGGCAUCCUGAGUGACCCUGGACUGAGCCAUGCAGACCGUGCCGCUCACCUCAAUGCUCUUAAGAUGAACUGCUACUUGCUGACUUCCCUGGUAGAUGCCUUUGAAAUGGAAACCCUCAAGAACAGUUUGUCAGAGGCAGAUCCUGGUGGGAAGAACAAGAAGAACCAUGCCAAGACUUCUGGAUCCUUCUGGGAAGAGGAGAGGGAGCCAGUCUUACAGCUGCUUACGCAGGUGCUGCAGCUGGAUCUCCGUCAGCUUUGGGGUGGUUUAUCGGUGGAAGAAGAGUUUGUCAGCUUAAUGAUGGGAAGCUGCUACCGUAUCCUGGAGAAUCCAAGUAUCGGUCUUCAGAAGUAUCGUGCCACACGGGAGGCUGUGACACAUCUGCUUGCUGGAGCUCUGAUUCACUGUGGUCAAAUGUUCAGUGCCACUCUGAAGAUCACGCAGAUGCUGCAGCACUUUGAACAUGUAGCCCCUGUGUUUGCACAGGCCGUGAGCCUCUGGGCUAAAGAGUAUGGUCUGAAAAGCCUGGUGGGUGAAUUGCUAAGGGAAAUUGGACAGAAAUGUCCACAGGAUUUGGCUCGUGAGGCUUCUGGAGUCAAGGGUUAUUCUACCUUUGUAACUGAACUGGCCGGAGAGAUUCCAGCUCUGGUGCUAUCCAACAUGAGCGUUCUCCUGCACCACUUGGAUGGGGAGAGUUACAUGAUGCGAAAUGCCAUUCUGGCAGCUAUGGCAGAAGCACUGAUGCAGGUGCUGAAUGGUGACCAGCUGGAGGAAGCUGCCCGUGGCACUCGGGACAAGUUCCUGAGUAUGCUGCAGGCCCACGUGUGUGACGUCCAUAGCUUUGUGCGCAGCCGCGUGCUGCAGCUUUUCACGCGAAUCGUUCAGUGCAAGGCCCUGCCUUUGACUCAUUUCCAGUCUGUGGUAUCACUGGCUGUUGGGCGUCUCAAUGACAAAUCUGUCAUAGUAGUUAAAAAUGCAAUCCAGCUCCUGGCCGCAUUUUUGUCCAACAACCCCUUCUCCUGCAAGCUAAGCUGUGCUGACUUGGACAAGCCACUGAAGAAAGAAGUGCAGAAACUGCAAGAAAUGAGGGACCGUGUCAGAUCCACAGCAGUAGCUCCAGUGAUCACCCCAGAGGAAGAGUGGGAAGCGAUGCUGCCAGAAGUUAGGGCUGCCACACAGCAGCUCUUUCAACCACUGCAGGAAAGUGAAGAGGAGAUGCUGGAAGUUGAGGAAACAGUGGAGAGUACAGUGGAGCAAAUCACUGGGCUGCUGAGGAAGCUGAAUUACAGGAGGGCAGCCCGCCUUACACAGAAGGCCCUGUGUCGCUUCCAGGGGAAGGAACCCUUCAGUAGCCUCAUGGAGGAAAAUGAGGAGGCAACAAUCCUGGAUAUUCUGAAGAGACUUUACACAGGUUCGUGCCCAGGAGAGAACAGUGAGGAUCCUCCAAAUGACAACAGUAGUCAUAAGACCAAAGAAGUUGUACAGGAAGAGCAGUCUCAAACAGAGCUGGUCAAACAGGAGACAUUGGUGCAAUACCUGCAAGAUGCUUACAACUUCUCAGUGAAAAUCACAGAAGCUCUGAACCUGAUCAGCAAGCUGAUGUAUGAAAACUCUGUCUCAGUGGUGCAGGAAGCCAUUGAGUUCUUUGUGACGGUGUCGCAGUUUGGUGUGCCCCAGGCACUGCUUGGAGUCCGCAGGAUGCUCCCUCUCAUAUGGUCAAAGGAGCCUGGCAUUAAGGAGGCCGUGCUGAACGCCUACAGGCAACUCUAUCUGAGCCCCAGCGAGGAUUCCGAGAGGGCCAAGGCCCAGAGCCUGGUGCAUUCUCUCUCUCUCAUCGUGGUGGAUGCAUCGCUAGGAACGAUACAGUGCUUAGAAGAAAUAAUCUCAGAGUUUGUGCAGAAAGAUGAAAUAAAGCCUGCUGUGAUCCAGCUGCUUUGGGAGCAAUUCACAGAAAAAUCUGAGUGCUCGUCACUAGAACAACGUGCUGCUGUGAUACUGCUGGGGAUGAUGGCACGAGGGAAGCCAGAGAUCAUAGGUAGCAACCUGGACAUCUUGAUAACAGUAGGGUUGUCUGAGAAGGCGUGUGAAGACUAUCGCCUGGCUCAAGAAGUAUGCAAUGUUAUCUCCAAGCUUGGUGGUGACCCUAAGCAAGCAAAGAAGAACAGUGCACCUUUUCGACUGCCACAGAAUCACAUGCUCUUUGGUUGCCUGAGUGAGGCUGUGAGUAAAGGCUUUGCCCAGCCAAGUACUCACUGGAUCCCCUUCAUGGAUGCAGCAGUGAUGCUCAUCUACCAGCUAGCAGAAGGGGCAGAGGAGAUAUGUGCUCACAUCCUGCAAGUGUGCAGUCAGCAAGCUCUGGAGAAGCUGCAGGAGGCUGAUGGGCAGAACUCUGAUUCAGGGAAUUCUCCCAGCAGAGACUCUGGUGGUGCUGCCAGUCUCCCCACGUUCAUGUUGAUGCACCUGGUGUCCCUUGUGGGACAAGUGGCAAUGCAGCAGGUAGCACAUUUGGAAGUGUCAGUGAGUGCAGAGAUACGCAGACGCCGCAUCCUCAAAGAGGAGAAGACCAAGAAGCAUUCUGACAGCAGCAAAAAGAAGCGGAGAUCCCAGGCCACAGGAAACGAGACCACCACUAUGGAGGAGGAGCUGGGCCUUGUGACAGCCACGGCUGAUGACACUGAGGCUGAGUUCAUCCACAGUAUUUGUGAGACAGAACUUUUAGAUGGGAAGCACCUGUUCUCUGCCUUUGUUCCACUGGUGCUCAAGAUCUGCAACAACCCUGGACUCUACAGCGAUUCAGCACUGUCAGCUGCUGCAGCCCUAACUCUUGGCAAACUCUGCAUGAUCAGCUCUGAGUUCUGUGACUCUCACUUGCGUCUGCUGUUCACGAUGAUGGAGAAGUCCACCCUGCCUGGUGUGAGAUCCAACCUCAUUAUUGCAGCCGGAGAUCUGGCCAUCCACUUCCCCAACCUGGUGGAGCCAUGGACAUCACAUCUCUAUGCCAGGUUGCAGGACCCCUGCCCAAGUGUGAGGCAGACUGCUGGACUCGUGAUGACUCACCUCAUCCUCAAAGACAUGGUGAAGGUGAAGGGCCAAGUGAGCGAAAUGGCAGCUCUGCUGAUAGACCCAGAUGAGGCAGUCGUGGAAGUGGCUCAGAACUUUUUUGGUGAACUCUCCAACAAGGGUAAUGCAGUCUAUAACCUGCUUCCAGACAUAAUCAGUCAUCUCUCCAAUCCUGACUGCGGCAUAGAGGAGGAAUCCUUCCACACUAUUAUGAGACAUCUCUUCUCAUAUAUUACAAAAGACAAACAGACUGAGAGCUUGGUGGAGAAGCUUUGUCAGCGAUUCCGGACUGCCAGAACGGAGCGUCAAUACCGGGAUCUGUCCCACUGCCUUACUCUGCUUCCAGUCUCGGAACGGGGCCUUCACAAGCUGCAGGACAACUUUGACUGCUUUGCAGAUAAGCUCCAAGAUCCAGCUGUCUACAGUUGUUUCCAAACUGUGCUGGCUCGAUUCCGCAGAGCAGGUGUCAAACCUGAGGCUAAAGCUCUAGCUGAAGAGCUGGAGCAGAAGCUGUCUGCCUCCCAUAACCGAGGGCUGGAUUCAACAGAGACGUGCCAGGAAGGCAGUCAAAUUCCAGUGUCAGCGCCAGCCAAGCAGAAAACAAUAAGAAGUUCGUGCCGCCAGCCCCUGAGCCCGGUCAACAGGGAUGAUGAAGAUUUUGUCACACCCCAGUCUUGCACCCUCCGAAACCAGAAGCGUGCCCAAAAGCGCCGUCCACGCAAAAAAGCCGUGAUCACCUUCUCCAGUGACGAGGAGAACAGCUCUGAGGAUGAGCUAUCGGCAGAAUUAAGAGAGGAAGAAACCCCCACCAAAACAACUCCCAUCACCAGAUCUUCAGCCCGCCGGCUGCGCUGAGGGAACCAUCUGCCACUGUCUUUAACUAAAAAUAAAACUCAUCCUGUGCA